AUGUUAGUAAAUCGUACGAAAAAGAUAUUUAGGGCUUGUGAUCCACCCAGCGAUUCGGUGUCUGGGCUCGAAUUCAGUCCCAAGACGGUGCCUUGGAUUGGCCUGUGUGCCGCCAGCUGGGAUCACACUGUCCGCAUUUGGAAGGUGGAGCCGAGCAGCGAAAUCACAACACCCAAGGGUCUGCAGAAGCUGACAGCUUCGCCACUGGAUGUCAGCUGGAACGGAGAGGGAAACAGAAUCUACGCGUGCGACUCCCUCGGAGGGGUGUUCCAGUGGGACCUGCAGGCCAAUCACGUCUCUAAGGUGGGCAGCCAUGCGUCGGGUGUGCGGGCCUGCCACUGGCUGAGCACUCCCAAUGCGUCCCUCCUGAUGACCGGAUCCUGGGACAAGACCGCCAAGUUCUGGGAUCUGCGCACCCCCUCGCCCGUGGUGAGCAUCGAUCUGCCCGAACGCUGCUAUGCUGCCGAUGUCAGCUACCCCAUGGCCGUGGUGGCCUGUGCCCCACAGACAAUUGUGACUUACUGCCUCACCGAGGGCCCCGUUUUAGCCAAUACGACCACUCUGCCCGGCAGCCCGCAGCAGGUGCGUUCAGUGGCCAUUUUCCACAACAGCUUUGGGGUUCCCGCCGGUUGGGCCGCCGUGACCACCCGUGGAAUGAUGUACGUCAUGAAAGUCCAGAAUCAAUUUGUCGCUGAUUAUGCCCUGCGAUGCCACGUCUCUGAAGGUGGCCCCAUUAUGGAUGUCUAUGCGGUGAACGAUGUGCGGGUCCAUCCCACGCACCAGACCCUGGCAACGGGUGGAUCGGAUGGCAUCUACCACUUCUGGGACCGGGAGAAGCAACAGAAGCUAUAUACAAGCACCACAAUGGAUCAGCCGAUCACCAAGUGCGCCAUCAGCGCCGAGGGGCAUAUGUUCGCCUAUGCUUUGGGCUAUGACUGGGCCAAGGGGCACGAAAACGUGGAUCCACUGAAAGAGCCACAGAUCUGUUUGCGUACUUGCUGGAACAAAAUGAAGCCCCAAUUGUUAAUUUAA